UUUUUUCUGCUUGUCGGUAACUUGACUCCACAUUGCUUCAACCAAAGACAUCCGCAGGAGGGGAAGGUUGAUAAAAUCAUUUUCUUGUGUCUGUCAGUGUUAAUGUGUUUUAGAUCUAAACAUUCAGCGUGUGGUUAGUUCCAAAGUCGACAGCAGCAUCAUGGCGUCUGGAGGUCCUGUGAUGAAUGGCGACAUAUCUCGCUCUCCCAGUCAGUCCGGUACACUGGAGGAAACCUUGCAACAGAUGAACAUGCUCAUCCAGGAGAACCGAGACCUUAAAGAGGCCCUACGUCAGACCAACCUAAGCAUGAAGGAGCGUUUUGAGGAUCUGUCUGUGUGGCGCCAGAAGCAGAAAGAAGAACGGGACUUCCUGGAGGGCAAGUUGAAGUAUGCGCAGAGCCACAUGGAGGUGCUACACCUUCAAAACCAGGAGCUGAGCCAGAGGCUGGAGGAGGCGGGGAAGGCAAGAGGCUUGCAGGUGUUGUCAGCCAAUUGCAGCACAGAGUUGGAUGCCCUACGUGCACAGGUGGCUCGCCUGCAGGCGGAGAAGAACGACCUGGUAGCCAUGAACUCUGAGCUACAGCUGAAGGCGGGUCAGGACUCACAGGACGACUCCUUCAUCGAGGUGAUCAGAGUGUCGGAUGACAGCAUGAAGGACGUGUGCGAUGGUAAUAGAGGCGGACAUCCAGAUUUGAGCAUGACUUCAUCCCGACUAGACAGCAAGGAGGUGACUGUCAGCCAGCUGCUUCAGUCGCUGAGGAAUGAGACCCAGAAGGCUGAGCAGCUGCAGGCGGACCUGCAGGAGUCCUCUGCCAGGAUUCGUGAGCUGGAGGAGAGGAAACCCAGCGUAGUGAAAUCAACACAGACCGUCCAACCAGAAACAACAGAGACCAAGGAGGAUUCUGGGAAGGAAGAUAAGGCAGCAUCUGAGGUGGAAACUUUGAAGUCACAAAUGAUGACGCUGUUUAAAGAUCUUCAGCAGGCACAGAGCAAGCUGGAUGAAGCAGAAGGCAUGAAGAAGAACCUGCAGGACAGGUGUCGGGAGGUGGAGCAGGAUGUAGUGACUCUGCGGGCUCAGCUGGUAGAUAAACAGGCCGUUCAGUCGGAAAACGACCGGCUGAAGCUGCAGCUGGACAGCAUGCAGGCGCAGAGCCUGAUGGAGCAGAAGAAGGUGGGGAGGAGCAGGAACAAUCUGGCCCAACUGAAGGAUGCCUACACUAAGCUGUUCGAAGACUACAAUGAGCUCAAAGAGGAGAAGAAGAAGAGAGAGUCACAGCUGGUGCAGAGGGAGAUGUUGGAGGAGCUGCAGGGUCGGCUGACUGCUGCUGAACAAGCCCUGGUAACCAAACAGGAUCAGAUUGACGCUAUGAAGCAGGAGAUCUACGAGAAGGAGAAGGAGCUGGAGACCAUCUCUGUCUUCCAGGCUCAGGCAGAGGUCUACUCUUCAGACUUCUACGCUGAGCGAGCAGCGAGGGAGAAGAUCCAUGAAGAGAAGGAGCGCCUGGCUACUCAGUUGGAGUUUGUGAAGAAGCAGAACACCCAGCUGCAGGAGGAGAUGGAGUCGUUGGGACGACAAUCACUGAAUGAGAUGCAGAGGAGGCACGGCUCACUGGUAGGAAAUCCACACGGCGGUGCAGCAAAUCUAGUUGGAAGAGGUGUCGAUUGGCAGCAGCAGGAUAAUAUUCCCGAACAUGCCUGCCCAAAGUGCAGUGAGAUCCUCCCAGACUUGGACUCCCUUCAGAUCCACAUCAUGGACUGCAUCAUCUAGACCACCAUCUUUAUACGCAUCCUUAAUAUCAACGGGUACAGCAGCACCUUAAUCCAAGUCUUCCCCCACCUCCUUAUUUCCCCCCUUUUCUUCUUUUUUUGAUGUUCCUCUUCUCUGGUCUUUGUAACACCCCCUGCAAACUCAGAAACAGUCGCUGAUGGACGGGACCGCUCCGGUUUUAGCAUGACGAUGAAGGAUAUCAAAGAUGGACAGAAGAUUUUUACAUGAAACAGAAAUAUGACGACAGAAAAAGAACAAACAUUUGAUGUAAACACGAUAAUUGCUUAGAAUAAUUAUGGAAUUUCUACUGUGCAUGACUUUUCAUACAACUUGAGUUUACUGUACUUUGUUCCAUUUUAAGGAAUUGCAUUUUUCAUGGUAACUACAUACAAAAAAAUUCUCACUUGAAAUCAAUAUAUCUGGUAAUUUGUAUUGGGAGAUUAAGGUGCUUCCUCGAUUUCAGCACUUUUAAUAUUUUCUUUCCGUAAGUGGGAUAUUUCCAAAACAAAUCAGCAGAUUUGAUUGAAAUCUGGCAGAGUUACAGUCCCCGAAUUGAUUAGAUUUUUGAAACAGAUGUAAAUCCAGGAUGAAUUCAUUUUUUCAGAACACCACCCUUUGAUUUAUAUGUUUGGUGAAAUGAUACCACCAGCUCUGUUCAAAGAGCAAUAAACAGGAGACAGUUGGGCACUAGUGGAAGUAUGCACUCGCUGAGUGCUUUCGAGGUUUUUUUUCUUCUUCUUCUUUGACUGUGAGGAUGUGACCUGCUAAAAAGAACAUUAUAAAUAUAAUAUAUUUAACUCGUAAUUAAUCUAUCACUGCACACAGAAGACCUGUUAUAUAUGUACUUGCAGGAAUAAUGAAAAUAAAAUUUGCCAAUUUCUAUCUGAUUUU